AUGGUUCGCUCGGCUCCACGUCCCGCGCGUUAUGGCCGAUCCCUUGCUGUCUUGGGGGCGAUGUUUCAUCAUCGUUGCUGUCGUGUUGGUCUUGGGAGGACCCAUUUGAGUGGCUACAAGCCUCCGCAAUGCGGAUACACCGUUCGCCAGGUACCCGAGCGAGGGAUGUUGUUUGUCCCGGUGAUGUUUGGGAGCCCCUGUGGGGAGGAAAAGGAUGACGUUCAUGGUCUGCGAAAAUCUGAUUUGCUAGGCGAGGCUGUGUCUUGGUCGGACUGGGGCUACCUAGAUAGUAUUCUAAGAAUCUUCAGAUGUGGAUGCUCGCUUGUUGUUUGUUUUGUUCCUGACCCAUGGAACCGAAGUCGGAUAGCAAAGUUGGCACUUGGCAGGCAGAAUGGAGAAAUGGAGAAAAUAGAGUAA